AUGGUUCCAGGCACUCUUGAAAUCAAAACUGCCACCGAGCAAGAAAAGGCCAAAGCCAUAGUCCUUAUAAGGCAUCAUUUACAUGACAACCUGAAAAUUGAAUAUCUGUUGGUGGAAAAUCCCAAAGAGUUGUGGAUAGCCUUAAAGAAAGAUAUGGACACCAUAAAAGGGUUAUUUAAAAUUGUAUCAUUACCGAAAUAUUGUGAUCAAGCGUUCACAGAAGAUCAAAUGAUAGAGAAAACCCUAUCCACAUUUCAUGCGAACAAUAUUGUAUUGCAACAGCAAUACCGAGAGAGAGGAUUUAAUAAAUAUUUUAAGCUGAUUUCUAUAUUAUUGGUUGCCGAAAAGAACAAUGAUCUUCUCUUGAAAAACAAUAAUCUUAGACCAACUGGGUCUAUGACAUUCAAUAAAUCAAAUGCCGUUGAAAGCUCAAACCCACCUGAAGCAAAUGUUGCUCAUAGAGGUGGACGUGGAGGAUAUAACCACCGCGGUAGAGGGCGCGGAAACCACCGCGGGCGUGGUCGUGGUCGUGGUCGUGGCAGGGGUUAUCUCGCCCCUAGAAAUAAUAACCACAAAGGACACCAACAAGGAAAUCAAAAGCAAACCCCUUUAAAAGAAAAAGACACCUGUUUUAGAUGUGGCAUGACUGACCAUUGGGGGAAAACAUGCCAUACUGCCAAACAUUUGGUAGAUUUGUAUCAAGCCUCCAUAAAAGGCAAAGGAAAAGUUGUAUAG